AUGUUCUUCAGCAGCACUCGGUCCAGCCGCAAGCUGGGCGUGUUCUUCAGUCUCAUCCAUGCGUCAACGGCAAGUCUCGUGUCAACCGGCCUGUCAGUCACGCUGAACAGCAUCGACUACUAUAUCUCACCAUUCUCGUCUGGUAACAUCACCGUCGCACCCUCGGCGCUUUCUACGGUGCCCAAGAUCUACGGCUUUGUUCCAGUCACGGUUGUGCAGGAUGCAGUGGCCAGAUCGGCUCUGCCUAGCCUCUUCGCCAACUGGACAGGAGUCGAUGAUGUCUUCCAGUCCGGAUUUCUCGGUGCUGUCUUCUUAUCCGGCGCUGGCGGAUCCUGCAUCAGCAAGAGGAACAUCACUGAAGGAGGAUCAACACUGAUUCUACCCCUCGAGGCCAAGACCAUCCCCUCGGGUCCGUACUUCCUUGACUCGGCCUCCGGGCUCGUCUACCCCGUCUACAGACUCUACGAUGACUUUUCCGGCUCCUUCACCGAGUCCCUGAUCCAGACCCCUAAAGGCACGUUCCACCCGCUAUCCGCUAAAAUCUCCGGCUCGGCCUCCGUCACGAUCGGUGUGCCUUCAAGGAUUUACUAUACUCCUACAGCUGAGAAGCCCCUUGCUGGCGUGCGCAUCGCUGUCAAGGAUAUCUUCCGGCUGGCCGGUACCAAGGGUUCCAAUGGCAACCGCGCUUGGUACAAUCUCUACCCUCCCAGUAACGAGACCGGCACAGCCAUGCAGCGGCUGAUCGAUGCCGGUGCUCAGAUAGUAGGACUCCAGAAGCCUUCGCAGUUUGCGAACGGCGAGACUGCGACCGCGGACUGGGUCGACUACCACUCGCCGUUCAACCCCAGAGGUGAUGGGUACCAAGACCCGUCCUCGUCGUCCUCGGGGGCCGGCGCUAGCAUUGCAUCGUACGACUGGCUGGACAUCGCGGUGGGCAGCGACACGGGUGGCAGUAUCCGCGGACCGGCAGGUGUGCAAGGCCUGUUCGGUAACCGGCCGUCCCAUGGUCUGGUGUCGCUCGAUCACGCCAUGCCGCUGUCCCCGACACUUGACACAGUUGGAUACCUGAUACGCGACCCCAUGCUGUGGGAUACUGCCCAGGCAGUUCUUUAUGGAAGCAACUACAAGUCACUUGUGAGGAAAACUCCCAGCUACCCCAAGAAGAUCAUCACCGCUGGUUUCCCCUCCAGCAAUAGCUCAGCCGCAUCCGCCAAGAUUCUCAACGGCUUUGCCAAUGCCCUGGCCACAUUCGUGGGCGGCUCGAUCCAGACAAUCUCUUUGGCGGACGAGUGGAUGUCUAGCAAGCCCGCUGAGGCCGGAUCCGCGACCCUCAUGCAGCUUCAGAACACCACGUAUGCGGUGUUGAUCGCCAAGGAGCAGAUUGAUCUCGUGCGCGAACCCUUCUACAAGGACUAUGCUGGUGAGUUCGCAGUAAAACCCCCUUUAGACGCGCCCCAAUUACUAAGCCCAACCCUAAUCACAGCCGCCCACGAUGGACGUCUUCCCUUCGUAGACCCGGCGCCUCUUGCUCGCUGGGCCUACGGCGACAGCCUGCCCGCUUCGGCACACGACGACGCCAUUCGCAACAAGACAAUCUUCAUGAAUUGGUUCAACGACAAGGUCCUCCCGCCCGUGGACGACCCGGCGCAGUGCUCAUCUGGCAUCAUGCUCUAUCCAGCCUCUAACGGAGGUCAGAACCCGCGUAACCAGUACAUCAACGCGCCGAGGCCGCCUUUUGGCUGGUCAUCGGGCCGCAUCAGCGUCAUGUCCGAGUGCCCGGAUUUUGUCUUCCCUCUGGGCCAGGUGGCGAGCCGCAGCGCGAUCACGGCACACAACGAGUACUUCCCCGUCGGCGUGGAUAUCUUGGCGGCGAAGGGCUGCGAUGGCAUGCUGGUUAAGUUGGCGCAAGACCUGGUGGCGGCGGAGAUCAUUGCCGUGCCCAAGGUCGGGGGUACGAUUUUGGGUGGUGAUAUCUUGAUGAAGAGGAGGGCGGAUGCCGAGGGGAUUGAACACUUGCGGUACAUUGACUAG